CAAUGAAAGUUAGGCAAAAAGAAAUUUUAUGUUGGUAUUGUUACUAUAAAGUAUAUAAGGAUCGAAUCAAAGAUAUUAAGUGUAUAAAUAAGAUUGAUAAUCAAUCAGCAAGAACAUUGGUAUAUAAUGAGAUAAAAACACUUCUUCCGGAUAUCACCGAUGUAAACUUGCAUUCUAACUCUGAUGGUAGUGAGGAUGAGGAAAAUAUAGAUGAUAUCGAUAAAAAUGAUAAAUAUGAUAAUGAAACGAAUUCGAAAGAUUCAACUAAG